AUGGCGGAUGAGCGUCUCGCUCGGGUCGUGGCUCGUUUGCAAAAUCUACCCUCCAUCUCUCUUCCGACAGACUAUCCACGACAAGCCGGGAAUCGACUAGUCGAGGCGGCGCACUCUGCUGAUCUCUCGGCACAGACAUGUCUGGGGCUACUGAAGCUGGCUCUGUACAACGAGAGCGAAGACGGGGACGAGGAAGGCACAUCCGAAAGCAAGCCGCCGUCCCCCUUCCACUUGCUUCUCGCUGCGUUCUCUGUUCUCCUGCACAGAUACACAGGCGACACAGACCUCGUCAUAGGCUCUUCGUCAGCUCUGGCACGCGAUCCUCUCGUCCUCAGAAUAGCCGUAAACCCUGAUGAUCCGUUCUGGGCCGUCGUGCGCAAGGUGCAGCAGGCAGAGAACGACGCCGAGGCCGAUGCGCUGCCGUACGAGGCGAUCGUGCGGGCCCUGGGCAAAGACAAGGCCGACACAGCGGAGAACUCGCGCCCGCUUUUCCGUGUGCGUUUCUUCGACGAGACUGACACACCGCAGGAGAAUUUCCUGCGCUCGACCAGCCUGACGUCCGACCUGACGGUCUUCAUCACCCGGCAGCACGAGACGAGUCGCAGCUCGGUCGCUCCCCACAUCACCCUCCGCCUGCUGUACAAUUCCCUGCUCUUCACGCCUACCCGUAUGUCCUGCAUCGUGGACCAGCUCUCCAUUCUCUUGCGAAAAAUUGCUGCAAAUCCCGUUGCGCCUGUCGGCUCUGUGCCACUGCUCACACCUGCCCAGCGUGCAAUUCUUCCGGACCCCACCGCGGAUCUGAAUUGGUGCGACUGGAAGGGUGCGAUCACGGAUGUGUUCUCGCGAAACGCGCGUCGAUGGCCAGACCGACCCUGUGUCAUCCAAUGCCUCAGUCCGGACAAGUUUGAUGAUCCGCAGGAGAAGCGCACGUUUAGCUACCGCCAGAUCUUGCAUGCGUCGAACAUCCUCGCGCAUCACCUUGUACAGGGCGGUGUGCAAAGGGAAGAGGUGGUCAUGGUAUACGCCUACCGUAGCGUAGAGCUCGUCGUUGCAGUGAUGGCGGUGCUCAAAGCGGGCGCGACGUUCUCAGUCAUCGAUCCCGCGUACCCUCCGUCCAGACAGACUAUCUACCUUCAGGUCGCCCAGCCUCGCGCCCUUGUCGUUCUCAAAGGUGCCGGGACAAUCAACCCGUCAGUGCGCGAGUUCAUCUCCAACGAGCUGCAGAUCCGCGUCGAGGUGCCUGCACUUGAGCUGUCGGCUGGCGGGCAAGUAAUCGGUGGUCGUGAUGGAAACGACGAAGACGUCCUGGCGUCCCAGACACAUCUAGCUAGCAAAGAUCCUGAAAUUCCAUUGGGACCGGACAGUGUCGGCACACUGUCUUUUACUAGCGGCAGUACGGGCAUUCCCAAGGGCGUGCGCGGAAGACAUUUUAGUCUGACGCACUUUUUCCCUUGGAUGGGACAGCGGUUCGGGCUCGGAGAGGACUCGAAGUUCACGAUGCUCAGCGGCAUUGCUCACGACCCUAUUCAGCGCGACAUGUUCACACCCCUUUUCUUCGGUGCACGCUUGUAUGUGCCAACCGCCGAGGACAUCGGCACACCCGGACGGCUCGCGGAGUGGAUGGCAGACAAUGAGGUGACCGUGACCCACCUCACGCCCGCCAUGGGCCAGCUGCUCUCCGCACAGGCGACGCGCCAGAUCCCCUCCUUGCGCAACGCGUUCUUUGUGGGAGACGUCCUCACGAAGCGCGACUGCCUGCGUCUGCAGUCACUCGCGGCAAACGUGCGGAUCGUGAACAUGUAUGGCACGACAGAGACGCAGCGCGCGGUGUCGUACUUCCUCAUCCCGAGCGUCGCGGAGGACCCGACGUUCCUCGCGAUGCAGAAGGAGAUCAUGCCGGCGGGCGAGGGCAUGAUCGACGUGCAGCUGCUAGUCGUGAACCGGAACGACAAGAAUGUGCCGUGUGCCGUGGGCGAGGUCGGCGAGAUCUACGUGCGGUCUGGCGGGCUGGCGGAGGGCUACUCCGAUCCCGACGCCACUGCGGAGAAGUUCGUCACCAACUGGUUCGCCGCGAAGUCGCCACCGCGCGAAGACACGAUCCGCGAGCCGCACAGCGCCCAGCCGGGACCAGAAGCGCAGUUCUGGAAGGGCAUUCGCGACAGGAUGUACCGCUCCGGGGAUCUCGGACGGUACUUGCCCACAGGUAUCGUGGAAUGUACCGGCCGCGCCGACGAUCAGGUCAAGAUCCGCGGGUUCCGUAUUGAACUGGGCGAGAUUGACUUGUACCUGAGCCAGCAUCCGCUCAUCCGGGAGAACGUCACUCUUGUGCGGCGAGACAAGGAUGAGGAGAAGGUGCUCGUCAGCUACUUUGUACCCGUCGGCGGUCCCGCGCUGGAUGAGUAUGAGAGCGAUAUCCCCGACGGCGACGACGAGAAGGGCGUGGUGAGCGGUAUGAGGCGGUACCGGAGGCUUAUCAAGGAUAUCAGGGAGUACCUUAAGAAGAAACUGCCUAGCUACAGUGUUCCUACCCUGUUCGUCCCCUUGAGGCGCAUGCCUCUUAACCCGAACGGGAAGAUUGACAAGCCAGCCUUGCCGUUCCCCGAUACCGCUCAGGCGGCUCCAGCCGACUCGCACCGUGGUCCUGCCGCAACACCCACCGAAGAAGCCAUCCGAGCAAUCUGGUCCCGCAUCUUGCCGAACCCGCCCUCUCCACUACCUCUCGACGAGAACUUCUUCGAUGCCGGCGGGCACUCUAUUCUCGCGACUCGCCUGAUUUUCGAGAUCCGGAAGGCAUUCCUAGUGGAAGCACCUCUUGGUCUUGUGUUUGACAAGCCGACUAUCAGCGGACUCGCUUCUGCCGUCGACGAGCUUCGCAACGCAGAUCUCGGCUUCGGGGCUCAGGAUAGCGGCAAGUCUUCGCCUGUGACGGAAGAUACGGCCUUGAAGACGGCGCUCAAGCGUGCCGCUGCGGUGAAGAAGCUGACAUACAGCGAGGACUACGAGGUGCUGCUGCCCAAAUUGCGCUCGUCGUACCUCUCAAUUGCGGCAGAUUAUACGAGCCGUCCAUUAACGAUCUUCUUGACUGGUGCAACUGGUUUCCUCGGCGCCUUCAUUCUGCGCGAUUUGCUCUCACGUCCUGAGCGCGUCCGGAAGGUGAUUUGUCUCGUCAGAGCACCCGAUUCGGGCAAGGCCCUGGAGCGCCUCCGCGAUGCAGCGAGUGGGCGUGGUGUCUGGGACGAGGAGUGGAUACAGCAGUCCAGGCUCGAGGCGGUCAAAGGUGACCUCGAUCAGGAGCUGUUCGGCUUGGAUCGACCUACGUGGACUCGUAUCACGAAUGAGGCUGACGCUGUCGUUCACAACGGCGCAUUGGUACACUGGGUCUAUCCGUAUGAGAGAUUGCGACCCGCGAAUGUGAUUGGCACAUUGACCGCAUUGGAACUUGCCGCGACGAGCAAGCCCAAGCUGUUCGUCUUCGUGUCUUCCACGUCUGCAAUCGACACCGAGUAUUAUGUCCAGCUUUCUGACUCUCUGUCGCGAGAGCAAAAUAGCCUGGGUGGUGUCCCCGAAGACGAUGACCUUGAAGGUGCUAGAUUAAAUCUCAAGACUGGUUAUGGGCAGAGCAAGUGGGUGUCUGAGAAGCUCCUCUUCGAGGCUGGUCGACGAGGCCUGAACGGCCAUAUUCUACGACCUGGCUAUGUCGUCGGCGAUUCACUGUCUGCGGUUACCAACACAGACGACUUCAUCUGGCGGAUGGUCAAGGGUUGCAUCCAGUUGGGUCUUGUGCCUGAUAUCAACAACACCGUCAACAUGGUCCCUGUCGAUCACGUCGCACGUUGUACGGCCCUUGCUGCGCUAGCACCGUUGCCAUCCCCGCGGGAUACACUCAGCGUGCUGCACGUGGCUGCACAUCCGCGCCCGACGUUCAACGACUUCCUCUCAUCGCUCGCUCGGUACGGAUUUACGACCGAGCGGUGCGAGUAUCUCGUCUGGCGGCGUCAGCUCGAGCGUCACGUUAUGGAGGUGCAGGAUAACGCGCUGUUCCCUCUGCUGCACUUUGUGCUUGACGAUCUGCCGACGAGCACCAAGGCACCGGAACUCAAUGACACGAACAUGCGGGCGCUCCUGGCACCGCAUGUUCACGAAACAAACAGGACAGUGGAUGACGAGCUGAUGGGCCGAUACUUGGCGUGGCUAGUCCGCACCGAGUUCCUCCCACCACCCUCGGCGGCCGAGGCCGAGAAAAAGCUGCCGGACUUGGGCGACGGGCCCACGACACGAGCAGUAGGACGCAGCGGGGUGUAG